AGCUGCUGUCAAAAACUAAAGAAGAAGAAGAAGUACACGUGUGUCCGGUCCGAUCCAGGUUCUGCUCGGGUUUCAGCUGGUGUCAGUACAUAGUGAUGGAUGAGCGCAGCCGGCUGUGCUCCGUGUGGCUCGGUUCUGAGACCGGGAUCCUAAAGGGGGUCGAUCUGGACCGGAAGCAGGCCUUUAACUUUUGCAACACGCGCACGCUGAGCCGAGAGCAGGAGGUGCGCGCGCUGUCCUGGGGAGACUCCGCGGAGAGCGAGCUGCUGGUGGGCUGUUCGGACGGAACCGUCCGAACCUUCAGCACCGAGAAGGGCGUCUUUACAGAGGCCCGGAGCUGCGGAGACCCGCAGGAGGGUUGCUUCAGCGGGCUAGCCUCGCUGCGGGGCUCCGCCAUCAUCACCUGCGUGGAGUGCGGCAAGCUGCGGGUGUGGAGGGAGGACAGCAGCGGGCCCGUGGCCGAGCUGGACGCGGGGAGCAACGUGUGCAGGAUGCGGCAGAGCCCGGUGGACCAGAACAGGGUCGCAACAGGGGGUAAGGAGAACGUUCUGAAGCUCUGGGACCUGGAGCGGCCCGAAAAACCGGUGUUUACCGCAAAGAAUCUGCGGGACGACUGGCUGGAUCUGCGGAGACCGCACUGGGUCAAAGACAUGAGCUUUAUCCCGGACUCCGACAAGGUGGUCACCUGCACAGGUUACCAUCAGGUCCACGUGUUUGACCCUUCGACCCCUCAGAGGCGUCCCGUCCUGGAAGCUGAGUUCGGGGAGUACCCGCUCACAGCUCUGUCUUUGCCCGCUGCGGGUGACACCGUGGUGGUGGGGAACACCCAGGGUCAGAUCGCCCUGCUGGACCUGAGGAAGGGGCUGGUCCACGGCUGUCUGAAGGGGCUGUCGGGCGGCGUGCGCGCCCUGCAGUGCCAUGCCUCCCAGCCCCUGGUGGCGUCCUGCGGCCUGGACCGCUUCCUCCGCAUCCACAGCCUGAAGGACCGAAAACUGCAGCACAAAGUCUACCUGAAGUCCCGGCUGAACUGCCUCCUGCUGGCCAGCCGGGAACUGCAGGGCGGAGGGGCAGGGGGCUCUGCAGAGGGAGGGGCGGAGCAGGAGGUGAAGGAGGAGGAGGACGAGGUGUGGAACAGCAUGGAGCGGGUGGAGGAGGCGAUGAAGAGGAAAGCAACAGGAGGAGGAGGAGAGGAGGUGAAGAGGAAGAAAGGAGGAGACUGAGAGGUGUUUAAGGUGUGAGGAGAGUGUGGGAGAUACCAGUGUCUACAGACUGGAACAGAUUUAAAGCUGUUGGACUGAAGUGAGACGUGUUCACAGAUUUAUUACAACAAACCAGAACCUUAGAAAUCACCUGAACGUCCCGUCGGUUCUGAUCCCACAGAUUUGUCUUCUGGUGUCGGAUCUUGUAGUUUGUAUUUCUAACUGUAUUUUAAUAAAUCUACCUUUUGUAGUUAAGACUAAAA